GUGAAUUCUUGUUUGCGAGCUUGAUUUUUGGCAAUUUUCCUUGGGAACUCUUAUUUGAGGACUGUGAAUAAUGGUAUGGCAAUGCGAAUAGAUUGUCCAUUGCGACGUAGCCACCGUUUGGCACAGGCAGGACCUGUGCUGCCCAUGGCCAUGCAGGACCGUGUGUCACCAGCAACAGAAGAUAGAGUUCACUGCUGUGGUCGGCGGUUUUGGUUUGUGCGGGACAUCUGUGGCAUCAUCUGUGCUGUCAUGACAUGGCUGUUGGUGCUGCAUGCCCAGUAUGUGGUGGUAGGCGUUAUACUCUUGCCAUCACUCUACACCUACUAUGGUGCCUUUCACUUACUGCUCUUUGAGCUGCUGGCCUUUCUGGCUGUCUUCUCGCACGUACGCACCAUGGUGACAGACCCAGGUGCGGUGCCUCGGGGCACAGCCACACGCGAGGCCGUGGAGCAACUGGGCCUGAGGGAGGAUCGGCUAGUUUACAAGUGUCCCAUGUGCAGCUGCCUCAAGCCCGAGCGGGCUCACCAUUGCAGUGUGUGCCAGCGAUGCAUCCGCAAGAUGGACCAUCACUGCCCUUGGGUCAACAACUGCAUUGGCGAGAACAACCAGAAGUUCUUCGUCCUCUUCACUUUGUACAUAGCAGUGAUCUCUUGCCAUGCAUUUUUCCUGGCGGUCAACCAUUUUGUAGGGUGCAUCAACAGCGAAUGGAGCACCCGUGGGAUUCCUCAUGCCGUAGCAAUAUAA